UUGCCUAUUGCGAGCCUGGAUCAUUUUUCAUCCGAAGCGUUGGGUUCCUCCGAUCUUGCUGAGGAAAUCGACCUCGGGGGUUCGAAGGUAGUCCGAAUUAGUGGUAUUCAAAACAAGGGAAGGACAGUAUCUGUUCUUCUUCGGGGUUCCAAUAAGUUAGUUUUAGAUGAAGCUGAUAGAUCACUACAUGACGCCCUUUGCGUGAUUCGUUGCCUUGUACGACAGAAAGCAAUAGUUGCCGGGGGAGGGGCUCCUGAAAUUGAAGUAGCUCAGAAACUUUGUGCCUAUGCUAACACAAUCACGAGUCUCGACCACUAUUGCUUCCGCGCCUUUGCAGAGGCCAUGGAAGUCGUUCCAUAUACAUUAGCUGAAAAUGCAGGCCUUAAUCCGAUCAAAACGGUCACUGAAUUGCGCUCCCGACAUGCCGAAGGCGAAGUAAAUGCCGGGAUAAAUGUCCGCAAAGGAUGUAUCAGCGAUAUUUUAUCUGAGAAUGUAAUGCAACCUCUGCUAGUCAGUUCGAAUGCUAUCUCUCUUGCGGCUGAAACAGUAAGAAGUAUACUCAAGAUCGACGAUGUGGUAAGACUUUUGUAA